AGGUGUUUACCGGAACAUACUCGUCACUUCGUCCGGAAUAUCAUUUGAAAAUUCGAGUAAUCAUCCACGACAAUUCAUCGGUUGUAUCCUUAUCGAAAUUUUCAUUUUUUUCUAUCGACGAACGCAACUAGUUCCCAAUGUACGUUACAUAGAGUCCGAUACACGCUGGCGCCGAAAUUCGUGGGCGUUCGCGGGACGACGAGACGUCGGAGCGGUAUUACGAGCGCCGCCGUCUCGACGCUUCCGUCAAACGCGAAAUAGAAGUCAGGGCGUCUCCAACGCCGCAUUCCCGACUACCCCAAACUAAUUUGGGACCACAGGUUGCGGUACGCGUAAAAUCCCAUCUAGUAUCGGUUUUUUUCAGUGCCACAUCUUCAAUUAUGGGGGUUAAAAUGCCAAGGGGUUUCAUAAAAAAUGCGUCUGAAGACCAUCGAAGGUCCCUUGGCCGUCCAUAAUGGCAACAACGACAUCCUCAAUUCUCCAAAAAGAAUAAACACUUUGCAGAACAGUAAUACGACGACAACAACAACCUUAAGUAACAUAACCUCAAACUAUAUCCCCGUCACGAAUCUAACCUACGAUACAAAUAACAGUAAUGACACUAUAAAUAACGUUAUAAAAGAAUUGAAUAGUACCACGGACUCGAACAUAAUCAACAACGGCGUUCAAGAUAAGGUGCAAUGGUGCCAGGCCUCAUUGCAAGAGACGCAAAACAACGCGAAGAACAACACGCAUCGGAUAUUAAAUUUGGUGAACGUCAAUAUCAACACGCUGGCUGCCACUUUGAGACGCCGGCAGGGGGCGUCCGAUACGCCUACCUUCCUAAAAAACGCCGCCAUCAAAUCCGUAUCAAACAAUUCGAUUUGUUCACAACGAUCUUCGUCAGAUGAUACUUCUUACCUUGAUUACGAAGAAGCACAGCAAAGCUGUUCUUCAGUAGAUACGUCACCGCAAGAUGAAGAUCGCGAUUUCGACAUUUCCGAUUCCGAAUCAUCGGAUGACGGUAACUUAAGUAAUCGAGGUACGGUACAAAGGAGGUGCGUAGUAAAUCCGAACUACCCGGGAUUUCAACAUUUGGCGCAUACUCUGACGUCUGACGCGGAGUACACCGACGACGAUCUGGAGUGCGAAUCAUUGAACGUCGAAAUAUCGGGCGAUUCUUUGACGGCGAAAUUAGAAGCUGAGGCUAAUAAUAACAACAAUAUCGAAGAAAUCGAUACUGAUUAUAAAAUAGACAGUGUUAACCGUUUGGAUAGUGUUGAAAAUAUUCAAAAAGUGUUUCACGACAAACCGGCGUUCAAUAUCGAGGAGGACAGUGAAUUUAACCGAAAUAGUGAAUCUAUCAGUGGCGACGAAGAUAACAUCGUCGGUGAUUUUCGACAAGAAGUCGAAGAAGAACUUUGUAAAGUCGCUUUCAGAAACGAAGAUUCGUAUAACCUUCGAAAAAUCGAGAAAGCCGUGGAAGAAAAACUCGAAGAAGCCGCCGAAAAACUUCAAGUGCUAAAAGAUUUCUCCCCUACCGCCGUUAAAUACAACAUCCAACCAAAUAUCGAAGAACCUUUCAACAAGUUGUCACCCACGAAGGUAGUACCUUUGCAUCGGGUCCUGCAGGACUCCAAGGUCGUUAAAGGACACGAAUUAGCUGUCGAAACUGAAGAUCUACCGGAAGAGGACGAAGAAAACAAAGAAAUUAAUGAAGAAAAUGCGAAAAAACCCGCGGAAUUAGAAUUCGGGGCGAGCGAAGAUCCUCUGGCGGCCAAAAUGGCGGAUACACUACAUAUUAAAAUAGAAGACGCGUUUUUGUCGAAUGCCAAAGAAAAUAUUUCCGUUCAAAAUGGGGGAAAUGACGUUUCGGUGGAUGAUAACCUCAAUUUUCGCGAAACGAAAAUGGAGGUCGACGAUUGUUCGGAAAAAAAAGACGAAACAAUAGCGAAAACGGAAAAAGAAGAAGAUAACGCCGUACCGAGGAAGAAAGAGAAAGUGGAAACUACUACGGUUAAGAAAAGGAAAGACGACAAUCAACAAACCGGCAGUUUGAUCGGUUUCGCGCGAAGGGAAGGGGGAACGAGAAGCAGAGAAACGAUGAACAGAAGAUCGGUACCAAUCGUGAGAGAGAAGAAGAAAUCGAAUGCGGAAACGAUAGGCAGUUUCGAUGUGUACAACAUUGAAACGGCGAUGCCGAAGAUCGAUCUAGAAGCGAUAGAAUGUCACCUGCGGGCAGCUAGAGAAGAAGAGAGAAGGAGACGUACAGAUAGGGAAGAAAUUAGAAGAAGAUUGGCAAUGGGGACUGAGGACGAUUAUUACACCGACCGACCGGGAAGAAAACCUAGUUUGCAAGCUAGAUUACAAAGCGGUAUGAAUCUUCAGAUAUGCUUUAUGAACGAAUCGCUUUCGGAUACGGAUAGUCCCAGUUCAGAUUCGGAAUGCCCAAUGACCAAUCCGAAACAAAAUAAAAUUAACAACAACUUAUCGAAAUGCCCCGCAACAGAAAAAUCAGUUCAGCCCCCAACUAGACCGGCGACGCUUUCGAUAUCCCAACAGGUAAUCAGGGAACCGAUGCAGGAGCUGGACUUUUUCGCCAGGCAAGCCAGAUUACAAACCGAAGCCAGAAUGGCGCUAGCCCAAGCCAAAGAGAUGGCUAGAAUGCAAAUGGAGAUCGAAAAACAGCGACAGAAGAAAAGUCCCAUCACCGAAAUGAUACGUACCAGUAUGGAAAAAGUUGGAAUUCCUUUUCCGGAAGAUAAACGUCGUUUGUCGAGACAAAUUUUGACCGAUAUGAACGUCGCCCAACUACAAGUCAUCGUUAACGAUCUUCAUACACAAAUAGAAAAUUUGAACGAAAGUUUGGUUAAAUUUCUGAUGACAAGAGACGAUCUGCACAUGGAACAAGACUCCAUGUUGGUGGAUAUCGAGGAUCUGACUAGAUACUUGGGAGCGAAGGAACAAGUUAUCAAGGAACAAAUUAUGUUACCGAGCAAGAACAACAAUACUCCCCCGUCUCCGGCGCCAUCCUCUCCUCUACAAUCUCUUAAUAGCACGGUUAAACCCCAUUUACACAGGAUAGCCAGUUUGGUUAAGAAAUAACCAGAAAAUCCCCAAGGGAACGUGUAUAUAUCUUCGUAGGUGUGUGUUUAGGUAGUUGGAGAUCGAAUCGAAUGUUGAAAUGAUCGAAAUUUGACGUUAUUGUGCAUGAAAGAUUUUUUUUUUUGAUGGAAAUUUGGUAAUGUCGAGUGUGCCAUCGAUAUUUUCGAAAAUUGUUAUUAAAAAAUUUAUAUUUCACGUUUAAAACUAUUUUUUACAAAAUAUUAAUAUUUGAUUUGGUGUCGAAUAUUUCGAAUUUCCCCCGUAUAAAUGCCGAUUCAUAAACUUGACUUGCGUUCGCGGGUGAAAUUUGUCAUUCGACGUCUAUUGAUCCUGGUUGCUGUCGUUAAUCUAAAAAUAAUUUGUUUUGUGUCUAUUAUCGUGAUAUUUUUGUGUUUUUGUUUGUAAUCCGGUAUUUACGAACAAAGCUAAAAUACCGCCGUAAAAAAAUCAAACAGGAAGAGAAAUAACCCGCAACUUAACGCUCUAUAACGUCAUACGUCAAAAUCGCGUGACAAACGUACACGCAUAUGAUUGGCUCUAUUGCUACGAAAGUUGUUGCUAAUGGCCGAUGGGAAAUAAUAAAAUUCGUUAAAAGUUAUCAACGACAAAUGGCAAAAAUGAAUGAUUUUGAGCUUUUCAAUGUUUUCAAUUUUGUAACAACAAACGGAAAGUCAAAUUUAUGAAUCAGCCUUAACUAUCACGACUCCUAGUAUGAACGUCAAAGUAUUAUUGUGAGGUUAUGUUCCAACAAACGAGUGUAAUGGUUCGAAAAUUAUCAUUUUAAAGUGGUUUAUACUCGUAUUAGAUACCGUUUAGUGCCCUAAAGUGUUGUUAUAAAAAUUAAAACGAUAAUAAAAUAGUUUUUCAUGAAGUUAGUAAUGGUAUAAAAAUGAUUUUUCAAUAUGAGAACAAAAGUGUUGAUUUACCUAUUUUAAAGUAAGUUUUUAUUUGUUUAUUAGCAUUAAGUUAGUGUUGUAUUAACAAAUGAAUAUAUUUUCUACUGAAAUGUUUUUAAAUUUCGAUUUUAUACGGGGUUUCUUUUUCAUAGUAUCUGAUAUAAAUUGAAUCGAAAACGUAGUAGCUAAAAACGAUGAAAUACUUAAAAAAUUACAAAAAUAUGUUGAUUUAAUAUGGGAAAAUUAAGUUUUGAGUAUUAUAUUUCCAUAGUAGAAUAUGUUGUUUCAAAAAUUAUGACAAAGAAUAACUAAUUUUACGUUUUUCUUGAUCUUAACCUAUAAGUUAGUAACGGUUUUUAACUAGGAUCUAGAUUAUUCAAAAUUUCAUUUAAAAAACGUUUUUUUUUUUUAUCGAAGUAUAGGUAGUUAAUGACUAUUGAAAUGGUAAUAAUGAUGUAGGAUUGUGAAAGCAGUUUGGGGCACUCAACUUAACCACAUUUUUACAUUUUCAUACUAAAAAAAUCAAAAAAAUGUUGAUAUCUUUGAAAAUCUCGACUAAACAUCUUUGUGGGCAUUCGAAAUGGAAAAAUAUAAAAAGUACAUCUACAAAAAUUAAUAUUUUGCAAACAAUAGCUAAAUUAGCAAAAAAAAAACAAGAAAUUUGUCAAAAUAUUAUAAUUUAAGAUGUAUCGUUUAGAUUUCUGGGUAAUUUUAUACUAUCACGAUCAAUUUUGAUGGAUUAAAAACUAUAAAAACAUAAAUUUUGUAUAUAUUUGUUCAAUUUGUUUAUUUUUUUUGUAUAAAUUGACUAAAAAAUAUAAAAACUUCAUUCGAUUAUUCAGAAAAAAGUUAAUUUUAUUUUCAAUUUCUGAUAUUUUUUCGUAAAAUCGAAUAUUCAUUAAAAAAAAACUUCAUUAAAAUCGAAUUUUUAAAUUUCUUGGAUGUAAAACAACGAGGGGAUUACGAUAUUAUAAAAUUACCGAUAAUUAUUUUUUUCGUAUUGUAUAAAUUCGUAGGUGAUAUUAAUUUUAGUAUUUAUUUUUUUGUACUGUACACAUAUCUAAUUAAUUGGUAAAUAUUUGGCAAUGGGGCGUUCCAUAUAAGUACCAAGUUAUUUAUUAUUGAACCAGGUGACUCUAUUAUUCAGUAUCGCGGUCUUUUAGUCACUUAUAAGUCUGCCGUUUGUUCUCUGCCCUUCGAAAUGAUUGGGCCUUCACCUGUGGUCUGCUAGAUCCAAGGUUGGAAGGU